CCACCGCCACCGCCACCGCCACCACCACACCCUCUUUCAGUUAACUCCUCCCUUCAUCUUCUCCUUCCAGUACACCACCGCCAAGAGGCUCCAGGUGCAGCUCCACGUGCAGGAGGAGAAAUCACUGAGGAAGAAAAAAGGGAGGAAGGGUCUUUGCUGCAAGGAGGACUUGGGUGGGGCCGAAGAGGAAGUGUUCUCUCCUCUGGAGGCGGAGAUUCUUGAGUUCAUGCGGAGUUCCACGAAAUCAUCAGCAUUUCCGACGAGGGAGGAGCUGGUGGCUGCUGGGAGGGUUGAUUUGAUUGAUGCCAUUGUUACCAAAGAAUGCUAUCUUGUUUAUGGCUGGGAUUUGGAUCGUGGGUCACGUGAAAGUUACGAUUUUGAUGGUGCUUCUGUUGCUGAGAUUCAUGGUCAAGCAUCAAUGGCUUCUGGGUUUUCUUCCUCUUCUGAUGGCGAUAACUCUUGCAAGCAAGCCAAAUCAAUGGAUAUCGAAGUUGAGGAGUCAGGCAUUGAGGGUAUAUUGAAUCGGCUGGAGAGACAGAGAAGUAAUUCCUUUGGACUUGGGUUAACAGAGAAAGAUGAAAGUGAUCCUUCCAGAAACAGUGAAGAUAAAGAUACAGUAAGUACUCUUCAUGGUGGUUUGAUCAAACUUGAUCAGCACAGAUCUCAAUUAGGCAGUGAAAAUUUAAGAAACUCCCUUGAGCCCGACACAUGGAGAAGUUGGAUUAUCCAGAGGAAUGGUUCUUCAAAUGUAGCUUUUGAAGGUAAUGUAUUUUAUUUUCAGGUUGUUUCUGAUCAGAAGAACUCAUCAGAUGAUCUAGCAGAGUAUUCCGAUGCUUGGGAAUUCCAAGAAACUGAGAUAAUGAAUGCUCAGGACAGACUGCGCUCCAUACGUGCUAAGUUGUCAGUAUUAGAAGGAAAGAUGUCAUUGGCAAUAAUGGAUGCACACAAAAUUGUUGAAGAGAAGCAGAAGAGGAUUAAUAAUGCUCACAGAGCCUUGCAAACUCUGAAGACGAUUUGUGUAGUUUGGCAUAAUCCAUCUUCACAAAUAUAUUUAGUAGGAUCCUUUGAUGGUUGGUCCACUCAGAGAAAAAUGGAGAAAUCAAAUACCGGCAUAUUUUCUUUGAACUUGCUGCUAUAUCCUGGAAAAUACGAGAUCAAAUUCAUUGUUGAUGGUGAAUGGAAAGUUGAUCCACUGCUGCCUAUUGUUGUUACCAAUAAAGGUUAUGAGAACAAUCUCCUCGUGGUUCAUGAUUAGUGUAGGAUAGUGUGUGCGAUUGUGCUGAGAUAGAAUCUGUAGAUCAGAAAAGAGUAUCACAGGCAUUAGGCUAGUACCCGAAAUUUUUUGUGUUCCGCAUUUCUUCACAGGAAAGUAUGGUGGUGUUUUUUUGAGUGUUUUCAGUUUUCAUUUUCACUUCAAAUGAAAAUAGAGAUGAAAACAUGUUUGUUUGAUUUUAAUAAAAAUGAAACAUUCUUUUUU